GAUCGUAGACGAUUGUAGAAUUUCCUUUUUACUAUAAGACAUGCAUGUGUAAAAAGGUAAACCGAUACUAUUUGUAAUAGGUAGUGCUAGUUUUUUUAAUCAGAGAGAAUUGACAAACUAUAGGUUUUUGUCUUGUAAUUUGGCGAAAGAACACUGGUGAAGAACCGGAUUUUAGGGCAAUAUGAGUAAAUUGAAUUUUGUCUUUACCCAUUACAUUGGAUUUACUCAAAUUAAAUCCCGCAUUUGGACGUUAUUGUAGUUCAUUUAUACUCUGUACUUUUCUUUCCAAAGCAUUAGUCAUCAAUUGAUUGUUUGAGGAAUUACACCGAAACACUGAAGAAACCUUUAGCUCAUAAGCAUUGUGCCUCAUCAUGGCGGAUUUUAUCGCAAGGGACUACCAGUCGCAGGGAGAUGUAGUGCAUCAGAUGCUGCCAACAUUUUUGGUGGGCAAGAUUCUGCGAGAACGAAUUGUGGAAUCCUUUUACUGGAAGGAACAAUGUUUUGGCUUAAAUGCUGCUUCGUUGAUCGAUCGCGCAGUGCGUCUUGAGUAUAUUGGUGGGCAAUUUGGUAAUCAGCGUCCUACCGAGUUUAUUUGUUUGUUAUACAAGCUGCUGCAAGUAGCUCCAGAAAAAGAAAUAGUACUUGAAUACCUUUCCAUUCCCGAAUUCAAAUAUAUACGAGCAUUAGCAGCAUUUUACAUUCGUUUAACAUGGCCUGAUCCAGAUGUCUAUCAAGCUUUGGAACCGCUUUUAAAUGACUAUCGAAAGUUGAGAGUAAGAGAUCAUAAUGGGUUUUACGUUUCACAUAUGGAUGAAUUUAUCGAUGAUUUAUUAAACGAAGAGACGGUCUGCGACGUCACUCUACCACCAUUAAUGAGCCGGUAUCAACUUGAAGAGCUUGAUCAGCUUGAUCCCUUGCCGUCAUCUUCAGAGAGUGAAUCUGAAAAUGAUGAAACGAAAAAGAUUCCUUCCUAAGAUACAUCUUACUCGCUUAGGAAAAGAAGAAAACGAAAUGGAUGAACAUCUGCUAUUUAAUUAUCAUACAGAAGCAAUCAGUUACUACUUUUUUUUCUCAUAAUGGCAGAUUUUAUUAUACACUUUUUUCUGCAAUAUUCUUGGGUUACUAGGUUACAUUUCAUAUGUGUAUUAUUACACAUUCUAGCAUGAAAGAAU